AUGUGUCCCGGCGCAGACAGCACCGCCAAUGGGCACGCCAACGGCAAUGGCACUACCGAUGCCAACGGAAAAGUGAACCACGAUGGCUACACCGCCAUCCAGACUCGUCAGAACCCUCACCCUACAGCCUCGAGGAAUCCCUACGGCCACAACGCCGGUGUCACCGAUUUCUUGAGCAAUGUCUCCCGUUUCAAGAUUAUUGAGAGUACCUUGCGAGAGGGUGAACAAUUCGCCAAUGCCUUCUUUGAUACUGAGAAGAAAAUUGAGAUUGCCAAGGCUCUUGAUGAGUUUGGUGUUGACUACAUCGAAUUGACCAGCCCUUGUGCCUCCGAACAAUCGAGGUUGGACUGCGAGGCUAUUUGUAAGUUGGGACUUAAGGCUAAGAUUUUGACACACAUUCGCUGCCACAUGGACGAUGCUCGAGUAGCCGUCGAAACUGGUGUCGAUGGUGUGGAUGUUGUUAUUGGUACAAGCUCUUAUCUCCGUGAACACUCUCAUGGCAAGGAUAUCACAUACAUUAUCAACACCGCCAUUGAGGUCAUCAACUUCGUCAAGUCCAAGGGUAUUGAGGUCCGAUUCUCCAGUGAAGACUCUUUCCGUUCAGAUCUUGUUGAUCUCCUCUCCAUCUAUUCUGCCGUUGACCAAAUCGGUGUUCACCGAGUUGGUAUUGCCGAUACCGUUGGUUGCGCUUCUCCCCGCCAAGUCUAUGAGCUUGUCCGUGUGCUCCGAGGUGUCGUCCACUGCGAUAUUGAGACCCAUUUCCACAACGAUACUGGCUGCGCUAUUGCAAAUGCUUUCUGCGCUUUGGAAGCUGGUGCCACUCAUAUCGACACCUCAGUUCUCGGUAUUGGUGAGCGCAAUGGUAUCACCCCUCUUGGUGGUUUGAUGGCCAGAAUGAUGGUCCAGGCCCCUGAAUAUGUUAAGUCCAAGUACCGCUUGGACAAGUUGAAGGAUUUGGAAGACUUGGUCGCCGAAUCCGUUCAAGUCAACAUCCCCUUCAACAACUACAUCACCGGAUUCUGUGCUUUCACCCACAAGGCUGGUAUCCACGCCAAGGCUAUCCUCAACAACCCUAGCACCUACGAGAUCAUCAACCCCGCUGACUUCGGCAUGACUCGUUACGUGCACUUUGCUUCUCGUCUCACUGGAUGGAACGCUAUCAAGUCUCGUGCCCAGCAACUCAACAUGGAGAUGACCGAUGCUCAAUAUAAGGAAUGUACCGCCAAGAUCAAGGCUCUUGCCGACAUCCGCCCUAUUGCUGUUGACGAUGCCGACAGCAUUAUCCGUGCAUACCACCACAACAUCAAGCUCGGCACUGACAAGCCACUUAUGGAUCUCAACGAAGAGGAGAGGGCUCAAUUUGCGCAGAAGGAAAAGGAAAUCGCCGAAGCCCAGGCCAACGGUCAAAAUAUCGGCGCCUAG